GUGACGGAUGCUCAAAGUUCAGAAGUUUUCCAAUGCUCGCUUCGGCAGUCGGAGGCGGCAACUGCUGAAAUCUCACGGACGACCAGAGAAGCGAGCGGGGAAAACUGGAGCUACACUACAACUGACUUGGGAAAGUUAGUUUUGUUUCUGAAGCAGUACGGAACUGCGGGGAGAAGACAUGCAGGCGCGCUACUCCGUCUCAAGUCCGAACUCGCUGGGCGUUGUGCCCUACAUUAGCGGCGACCAGAGUUACUACAGAGCCGCUGGUGGGGGAUAUACCGGGAUGCCGGCUCCGAUGAGCAUGUACUCACACGCGGCCCACGACCAGUACCCCGCUAGCAUGGCUCGGGCAUAUGGACCAUACACUCCGCAACCUCAACCGAAGGAUAUGGUCAAACCGCCGUACAGCUACAUCGCCCUCAUCACGAUGGCCAUCCAGAACUCGCCGGACAAGAAGGUGACCCUCAACGGGAUCUAUCAGUUUAUUAUGGACCGCUUCCCCUUUUAUCGGGACAACAAGCAGGGCUGGCAGAACAGCAUUAGGCACAACCUGUCGCUCAACGAGUGCUUUGUCAAAGUUCCGCGCGACGACAAAAAGCCCGGCAAGGGCAGUUACUGGACCCUGGAUCCAGACUCUUACAAUAUGUUCGAGAACGGCAGCUUCUUGAGGCGGAGGAGAAGAUUCAAAAAGAAAGACGUCCAGAAGGACAAGGACGACGGGGGGAAGCCGUCGAAGGAGCCGCCUUCCCGGCAGCAGGGUCGGGAGCAGGAGCAGGCGGUGCAGGGCUCCCAGCCGGUCAGGAUCCAGGACAUAAAGACCGAGAACGGGACCUCGACGCCUCCGCAGGCCGUUUCGCCUACCCUGAGCACUGUGCCAAAAAUCGAAAGCCCGGACAGCAGCAGCAGUAUGUCCACUGGCAGCCCCCACAGCAUCCCGUCCAACAGAUCCAUCAACCUGGAGACCUCCGAGCAUCACCCACACGGCCAGGCCUCCGCCCAAGGUUUCAGCGUGGACAACAUUAUGACAUCCCUCCGAGGGUCCCCGCAGGGCACCACGGAGCUCGGCUCCUCCCUGGUCGCCCCUUCCAGAACAGGUAUAAGCCCGUCUUUGUCGCUUAACUAUUCGCCGAACCAGACCUCAGUGUACAGCCCGCCGUGCAACCAAAACGCGAUAUCCACGACCUCGAACGCAACCUACCAUUGCAACAUGCAAGCCAUGAGCUUGUACGCUGGGGACAGGUCCGUCCACCUGGCGCCUUCAACCACCGUGGACGAAACGUUGCCCGAUUACUCCAUCACCACCACCACUUCUUCACUGCCCCACGGCAACCUAAACUCCGGCCAGGACGGCCACCACCACCAAGGGCGGCUCGCUUCGUGGUACUUAAACCAGGCUGGAGACCUGAGCCACCUCAGUGCCUCGUACCCCGCCCAGCAACAGAACUUCCACUCGGUCCGAGAGAUGUUUGAAUCCCAGCGAAUUGGUUUGAAUAAUUCUCCGGUGAACGGGAAUAGCAGCUGUCAAAUGUCCUUCCCCUCGAGCCAGUCCAUCUACCGCACAUCCGGGGCUUUCGUGUAUGACUGCAGCAAGUUCUGACCAAAAAAUAUUUGAAUUUUUAUUUUCUUCAUUUUUUUAAAUUUUUUAUGAACCCCAAAAAAGAACCUUUACACAUUGAUACCCCCCUAAAUGGACUAGAAUGAAACAGAAAGAAUUAUCUUGAUGUGUAAAGGACAGUGUUACUCCAAAUAACACGUAAGUUUCUCCUCGCUUUUGAGAGCUGUGUUUUAAAGAUUAUGUUAAAGAAAACACGUUUUCAUGGACUUGUUAUUAAGUGUAAAUGGCAUAUAGUAAUUUAUUUUUUAAAGUGUAGUUGGAUCUUGUGGACCAAACACCAAAAAAGUGUUUCAAAAUUGAGCUGCCUUAACUGUUCAGAAAUGUUCCAUUAUAAAAAAGGGAACUUGUAUAUCGACGUAUUCUCUCAGCUGUUUUCUUUUUUUGUUUAAAGUAUUCUGAAGGAUUUGCAUUGUUUGUUUAAUAAAUUGACAUUCUAUUUGA